AUUUAUUUGCAACAGCUGACGAGCGACGCACGCGAAAAGUUGAGAGUUGGCCAUCUUUUUGCUUUGUGUUGACGUGAGCGUUAUCGAAUUUCGGCUAUGUUGACGGAUGCAUUUGAAUUCAUGUAUUCAUCGUCAGCUGUUGAAGCGACGCCAACGCCAACGCACCGCCAAAGAUUAUGUGGACUUGCGUUAAUGCCUGGGUUAUAAUGUAAGUAACGGAAUGGAGUGAACUUUCACUUAAUUAUCUACUGCAUGGGAAAUGAAUGCAAAUGAUUAUAAUACACGUAAACGUAACGUAAAACGGAACAAUCUAAAAUCAAUAGAGCAUUACGAAUUCACCGCGAUUUGUUAAGAUUCGCCCCGUCCUUUAUAACCAGGGCAUAAGAGUGGUAAUUUUUCGAUAGUAUCGAUAGUGUUAAAAACUAUCGAUAGUAGACCGAAACCCAAAACCAUCGAUACUAUCGAUAGUGGUGUUGAUAGUUUGACAGCUUUGGUUGGUAGUGUAUUUUGACAAUCGGUACGUGUGGGUUGUAUGGAAUUUGCGUCUGUUUGUUUACAGUGAUCGAAUAAUAGUUGUGUGAAUUGUACUUCAUUGAAUAAAAACUUAGUUAUUCGAUUAAUUGGAGUUUUGACUUGCCUCAUACUAUUUUCCAGUAAUAUAUUCUAAUAUAGUAUGUCGACGACCAAGUUUGUAAAUGAAUUUUGUGAAAUUAUCGACAGUUAUGGCGGUAGAGAUAAGGUGAUGAAGGCAUUGUGCUACAGUGCCAAGCUGGUAGCCGGUUACCAUGCCAGCCGCAAUCCCGAGUUAGCAAAACGUUAUGCUAUUACUAGUUCACGUAUUUCGGGAGCGCGCGCCACCCUCCGCCUCAUCGAUGAUAUCCCAAUGAUACAAUAUGCCUUAGAAUAUGGCUUGGGCGCACAGGAACCAGAUCGGCUAAUGGCAGUGCUGGGGGUAACAGCAAAUAUAGUGGAUUUGCUGUAUUAUCCGAUUGAGAAGAUUUGCUGGCUGUCUGAGCACAAUAUCAUAGAUGUUAAAAACGCAGAUGCUUGGGACGUGCUGAAUUCGUCUUUUUGGGUUCUUUCCAUUUACUUGAAUUUAAUGAGAACGUUGCGAAAUUACUCAUUAAACCAACAAAAGGUGAAUGAGGCGAAUGUGGCUAAAACCCAUGUAAAUGAAAAAUUACUCAAAAAACAUCGCCUAGAACUACUCUCCGUACUUCGACUGUCACUUGAUUUCACCCAUGCCGUCAGCACUCUACCAAAAGGCUAUCUUUGGGGAGGCAAAUUAUCCACAUUCCAAGUGGGUGCCAUUGGCACACUCUCAGCAGCGAUUGGUAUUUAUCAACUAUUAGCCAAACGACGCUUAAACAAAUAAAACACAUAUAAAGUUCCUGUAGACACAUGCGCUUAUAUUGACAUAUGAAUACGUACAUACACCCUGUGUCAAAAUGAUAUAUUCAGGCAGAUCCCGUAUUUCACUUCCGAGUGAAUUUCAACCCCAUACAAAUUCAAU